UCCCCGAAGCGGUCAGUUUAUUUUAAAUCGAGACGAGAUGUGGUCGGUUCUAUUGCUGCUGGUGUACGCAGCUUGCGCUACGGCUAUCACCCGUGACCAGUUCUACCCCUAUGGCCAGGGUUUGGAUCAGCGAUUACCCCGUGGAGCGGAGGUACCGUCCCCAGAAGUGCCCCUAAAUGUGCCUAUCGCUUUCUACGGAGAAAUUUAUGAAAGCGUUUUUGUUAACAAUUAUGGAGUACUUUCAUUUAGAGCUGAUAUUCCCAGCUUUUUAAAUGCAGAAUUCCCUCUUCCGUAUCCAUCUAUAGCGGCAUUUUAUGCUAACAUCGAUACAACAGAGAGUGGAAAUGUAUAUUACAGAGAAACUAACGAGUCAUAUGUCUUACAAAAGGCAGAGGAAAGCGUUCAGAACAAUUUCCACGAAUACUACGAUUUUAAACCGAAAAGUGUAUUUAUAGCGACAUGGAUUGAUGUUCAAUAUGCGAAUAAUGAAAGACAGGAUAAGAAAAACAGUUUCCAAAUAGCUGUUAUAAGCAACGGCACUGAAAGCUUUGUAGAGCUCUUGUACCCCGAGCGAGAGAUACAGUGGUUCCAGAGGGAAACUCCAGUAGGAAGUCUGCCCGAUGCUAAGGCACAGGCGGGUUUCAUAUCUGAAGAUGGUAGAAUAUAUACUCUAAGAGGGUCGGGCAGCCACCAAAUUCGAAAUAUAGUUUCAUGGUCGAACUCUCAAGAACCAGGCAAAUAUGUAUUCAGAGUCGGAAAUAUACCUGUUAAUGAAACUGUUGAACUCCCAGAUCAAUACGACGAAAAUGAAAUCGAAAUUGAAGAAGAAAGUAAAACAUGUGCGCAGAGUGGGCCUAGUGUAUGUCACAUACAAGCAAGAUGUGUCGAUUAUGAAGCUGGUAUCUGCUGUCAGUGCAAUGAAGGUUUCUACGGAAAUGGAAAGUCUUGUAUUAAAAGUGACGUGCCGCUACGUGUCCAUGGAAAACUCAAUGGCGUGAUUAAUAACGAAAAUCUAGACGAUGUUGAUGUACAAGCAUAUGUUGUUGUUGCAGACGGAAGAUCUUAUACAGCCUUAACACAGAUACCACUUUCGCUGGGUAAUAGUUUGCAACUACUUAGCGUGUUUGGAAGUGUUGUAGGUUGGCUGUUCGCAAAGCCAUCAGAUAACGUCAAAAAUGGCUAUCAACUUACUGGAGGCGUGUUUAAUCAUACAGCAGAAAUACACUUUCCUGAAACUGACGACAGAGUAGUUAUAAAUCAAGAUUAUCUUGGACAUGAUGUAUUUGAUCAACUUACAUUAGACGUUGAUGUUCGUGGUACUAUUCCUGUAAUACAAGCAGGCAGACUUGAAGUUACUGAAUAUGAAGAACAAUACACAACAACACAAAUUGGAACGCUGCAUAGUGUAUCAAGGAGAGUUUUUACCAACAAAGUGACCGGGCAAAAAUAUACGCAGAUAGUUUCGCAAAUAUUCACAUUUAACACAUGUAAAUUUGCAACGUACUCUGAAGAUGACCAGGUGCCUUCAACUAUGAAGGUUAUUAAAAACUAUUUAUCAUUUGACGCAAAAGAUAAUAUAGUGAGGUAUGGCUCCACUAAUAAAAUUGUACCUACAGGUCAAGAGGAUCCUUGUAUUCAGGGCAGAAAUAGCUGCGGUCCACACAGUACCUGUGUAGCUCAAGGCGAUUCAUUCAGUUGUAUGUGUCAAACCGGUUUCACUGGUAUUUAUUAUGAAGAAACAACAGCGUGUGUCGAUAUAGACGAAUGUGCUGCUGGAACACAUAAUUGCGACUCAAAUGCUGAAUGUUUCAACGAAGACGGAAGCUUCCAAUGUCAAUGCCGUGAAGGUUAUGAAGGUAACGGAGUCACGUGUACGAUCAUAUCUAGAUGUAGAGAUAAGAUUUGUGACCCUAACGCCAAGUGCAUCGAUAAUCCUAAUGAAGAGCCUAUUUGCUUGUGUAACCCAGGGUACACUGGAAAUGGAGAAAGAUGUUGGAUCGCAUAUGAUAUACCAACCUGCGGUAACUGCUCCCCUAAUGCUCAUUGCGGCUACUCACAGGAUACCAAUACUUAUAUUUGCCAAUGCAAUCCUGGAUUUACGGGCGAUGGUCAAUACUGUUCUGAGAAUAUAUCUAGUUUCCCUGAAACAAGUCAUGCUAUUGGGAAUACUCCUUUAGAAUCAUCAACUACUUUGACAGAAGCUGAGUAUAAUGAAACGUUCGUAUUGCCUAAUUGUGACCUUUAUGGUUGUGUCUGCCCUCCUGGUUAUUCGAAUUAUGACCAUGGUGGCAAUGACUUAUGUCGCAUCAAUGAUUAUAAAGACUCAAGUACACCUACAUUAACUAAUGAAAAUGAUACUACAUAUACUUGUCAACGAGACUCUGACUGUCCAACAAACGCGGUAUGCUCUUUUUCUACAGAAUCAUAUAUCGGAAGUUAUCAGCCAUAUGGUCAAUGUGUUUGUUCCGAAGGAUUUGAGGGUGAUGCGUACGAAUGCAUUGAAAGAACUGGACCCAGUUGCUCAUGCGGUCUUGGUGCCCAUUGCAUAGAGACAGGCACAGGCGAUCUAAUAUGUGUAUGCGAUUCGGGCUAUCACGGUGAUGGCUAUACAUGUCGGCCGAACUUCAUCUGCACAAACAGUUCAGACUGCGAAUUAAACGCCGAAUGCCGGAUAGAUAUAAACACCCGUGAAUAUAUCUGUCAGUGCAUAGAAGGGUACAUAAAAGAUCAAAGCGAUGCAUGUAUUCCAGACAAACAGCUAUGUAAUGGCGCAGUCUGUGCAGAACAUUCCUCGUGUCUUUACGAUGAUUCGGUUAGAGUAAAUUAUUGUCACUGUAAUGAUGGCUACGAAGGUGACGGAACCUCUCAAUGUGUUCCUAAAGGUAGGAGUUGUGACUACGCAAAUGACUGCGAUUACAAUGCAGUGUGUACGCCAGUGGAAGAGUCAUAUCAAUGCAUUUGUAGUGAAGGUUAUAUAGGAGAUGGCUACAUUUGUCUUCAAGAAGUUAACUGUCGAACGAAUCCAUAUUUUUGCGACGUGCAUGCGUCGUGUCUGAAGACCAGUGAUGGUUAUGAGUGUGAAUGUAACUCGGGGUAUAAUGGAAAUGGUACAAAUUGUGUAUUAAAUCCUCGACAAGCUGGUAAUUUCUUGGUUGUCAGCGACGGUGCGUCAAUAUAUCGUGUACCAUUUGUAGUUACUCCAAGCGACUUUGCUAAACCAUUUAGCAGUGCAAAUUACCAAGUUGCAGUCGGGAUUGAUGUUGAUUGCUUGAAUGGAAAAAUUUAUUGGGGCGAUGUUAUUAGCAGUGCAAUAAAGCGAACUUCGUAUGAUGGAUCAGGAUUUGAACAGUUUCUAUCUCAGGAUAUACAAUCACCUGAAGGCUUAGCCGUAGACUGGUCUGCCAGAAAUAUUUUCUGGACAGAUUCUAAAAAGCUGUCUAUUGAGGUAGCUAAUUUGGACAGUAAAGUAAGAAAAGUGCUAUUCUCAAAAGUUGAAAUUUAUAACCCUAGAGGGAUAGCCGUUCAUCCGGGGAAAGGAAAAAUAUUCUGGUCGGAUUGGAACCGCUCUGGUCCAAAAAUUGAAUGGGCAAACAUGGACGGAAGUGAAAGGGGCAUUUUCUUGGAUCAAACAGAUGUAAAGCUGCCAAACUCCUUAGCGAUUGACUGGGUCAGAGAUCGUCUUUGUUACGCGGACGCGGGACUCCUCAGUAUUAGAUGCGUUGGAAUCGACAACAUGGAGAAAGAAAUAGUUGCAGCUAACUGUUCUUAUCCAUUUGGACUCGCAAUCAAUGGAGACAAAUUCUACUGGAGCGAUUGGAAAACACUACAAAUUGAGUCCAUAGACACUUUAACGGAGGUGAGAGGCCGCGUCCCCAUCACGACAGCGUCUAAAAGGUUGUAUGGCGUGUCCGUCGCUCCUGAAGAAUGUCCGGCAUUGACAAACGCUUGCCAAUACAGGAACGGGAACUGUGGAGCGAAUCAGAUAUGUCUUCCUAAUGGCCAGAGUAGGACAUGUGUGGAUGGCGAUCAUAUUCCCGAAAAUUAUUAGGCUAAGAUAGACACAAACCCGCAACAUCAGAAUAAGAAGCGACCUUUUGAUCCAAAGCAACCUAGAUGAUAUAUUUUCGGGUUUUCAUUUUAUUUGCUUUAACAAUUUUUUUUGCUAACGCUACUUAGCUUACGUUGGGUAUAGGGCCCCUUGAUUACCGCGAGUGUUUUACAUUUACGCUACUUUAAAAAGGGAUUAAAACGCUUACGUACCUUAUUGUAACUGUAUUUUUAAAUUAGGUUUUUGCGUAAAACUUACUUUUAUUUAUUUAUUUUUGGGAAACAAACAGUAUUUAAAAGAUUUUAAAAAUACAUAUAAAUUUGUACACGCACCAAUAAAGUUUCCACUAAAAUACAUAUUAAGUGAGCAGCAGUAUAAACAAAACAAAAAACUUACAAACUCUAGAAGACAAAAAAAACAUACGGAUUAUUGCUAACUUAAAUGAAAUUAUUUAUACAAGUAUUCUCGAAUAUCUUUCUUAAACUGUUUGAUCGAACAAGUAUGUAAAUCAAUAUUAUGACAUUUUAUAUUAUACUAAUUAUUACAAGCCCAAUUAUAUAAAAGUAUUUUGAACAUAUUUGGUACUUGUUGGUGGAGCAUAAAACAAUGACUUAGGAACAUUAUUAUUUUAUUUAACCCGACGUUUAGUCCCGAGGCGACUCCUGUCAACCCUCUGAAAACGUACUCUGCAAUAGUCACGAAACGUCGGGUUAGAUAAAAUAAAAAUAAAACUUUUAGACAAAAACCUAAUGAAAAGUUACAGUUAAAAUUACACGCGUUUUCAUCCUUUAAAAAGUAUUUUAUUUAAACAUUUUAAGAAUGGUCAAUAGUGUUUUGAUGGCGCGGCACGGCGUGCGGAUUAUAUGUCAUUAUUUACAAUAGAUUACACAGGAUCCAUAUUUUGUAAGUCCUAAGAUUAACGCGUAACAAAUAGUCAGAUCGGUAUUAAUUUAUUUCAAUUAUUCAUUCACUUUCCAUAUCCAAUCUAUAAAAGAUUGGUUUUUAAACUUAACUGCUUCUGUUUUUAUAAUGUUUACGUCACAAACGUAUAUAUAUUUUUAUUACUGCAUAUACCUAAUUUAUUAAAUAUUCACAAUUUGAUAAAAUAAGGUUGUAAUUGAAGAAAGAAAGAAAUUUGUACUCAAGCAAAAUCUGCAAAAAGGCGACCAUUGACGCAAAUGAAACACAUUUUACCAUAAUUUUAAUAAGAUCUAUAUUUAGAUAAGUUUAAUGAUCUAAUACCAAAGCAAUAGUUAUUAUUUAUGUUAUAAUGUUAUAUGAUUCGGCAUAAUUAAUUAUUUAAUGUGUACAUGAGAUAUACCACAUUCAUAUUACUUACUUCUUAAGAGCUAUGCCGAAACCUAUAAGCAAAUUAAUGUUGAGAAAAUAUGUUACAACAUAACGGUUUGAAUAUUUCUUUUAACAAAUAAAACAUUUAAAUGUUAAUGAUGUAAAUAUACUGAUAUAAAAUAUAA